GCCAUGGACGGCACCGGCAACGCCACCCUGCUCUUCGGCCCGUCCUCGCUGCAGCCGGACAACUACACCUUGUCGCCCAACGCCAGCAGCCUGAGCCCCGGCCCAGAAGCCCCCCUGGCGCCUACCUCCAGCGCCGGCCCCAGCCCCGGGCUCAGUGUCGCGCCGGGGCCCGGCGUCAGUUUCAGCCCCGGCCCCACUCCGACCCUGACGCCGACGGCCGGCUGCUUCGCAGGUGGCACCACCGGCCCGAGCCCUACCCUGUUCGCUCAGCCCGAGGCCGCCCACGAGCCCCCGUUCUGGGACACGCCGCUGAACCACGGGCUGAACGUGCUUGUGGGCGCCGCCCUGUGCAUCACCAUGCUGGGCCUAGGCUGCACGGUGGACAUGAACCACUUCGGGGCGCACGUCCGUCGGCCGGUGGGCGCGCUGCUGGCCGCGCUCUGCCAGUUUGGCUUCUUGCCGCUGCUGGCCUUCCUGUUGGCGCUCACCUUCUCCUUGGACGGGUCGGCCGCCGUGGCGGUGCUCCUAUGUGGCUGCUGUCCCGGCGGGAAUCUCUCCAACCUGAUGUCCCUGCUGGUUGACGGCGACAUGAACCUCAGUAUCAUCAUGACCAUCUCUUCCACGCUCCUGGCCCUGGUCUUGAUGCCACUGUGCCUGUGGAUCUACAGCCGGGCUUGGAUCAACACUCCUCUGGUGCAAUUACUGCCCAUAGGGACCGUGAUCCUGACUCUCUGCAGCACUCUCAUCCCUAUUGGUUUGGGCGUCUUCAUUCGCUACAAAUACAACCGGGUGGCUGACUACAUUGUGAAGGUUUCCCUGUGGUCUCUGCUAAUGACGCUGGUGGUCCUUUUCAUAAUGACCUGCACUAUGUUAGGACCCAAACUGCUGGCAAGUAUUCCUGCAGCUGUUUAUGUGGUGGCGAUUUUUAUGCCUUUGGCAGGCUACGCCUCAGGCUAUGGCUUAGCUACUCUCUUCCAUCUUCCACCCAACUGCAAGAGGACUGUGUGCCUGGAAACAGGGAGCCAGAACGUGCAGCUCUGUACCGCCAUUCUAAAACUGGCCUUUCCACCGCAAAACAUAGGAAGUAUGUACAUGUUUCCCUUGCUUUAUGCCCUUUUCCAGUCUGCAGAAGCAGGGAUUUUUGUUUUAAUAUAUAAAAUGUAUGGGAGUGGAAUAUUGUACAAGCAAGAUCCUCUAGAUGAGGAUGAAGAUACAGAUAUUUCUUAUAAGAAACUAAAAGAAGAGGAAAUGGCAGACACUUCCUAUGGCACAGUGAAAGCAGAUAAUUUAAUUAUGAUGGAAACCACUCAGACUUCGCUCUAA